GUUACCAUUAACAUCUUGUAAAACUAAUAAUUUUUUUACUGCUGAGUGAAAACCUAGGGAAUUCGUUCGUCGUGAAUAAUUUCUGGAUGUUGAUGUUGUAAUUUUUUUAUCAUUUCAUGUUCGAUAGUUUUGAUCCAAGUGUUUUCGAUUGUUUCUAAAUCUUUAAAUUCGCCUGGUUCAUAUUCUAUUUGAAGUUAGUAAUUUUUGUCAAACUUUUUCUAUAAUUUUUGUGUGAUUUAGAAUAAACUGAAUCUGCUUAUUCAGAUCUUAGGAAAAUGAUCUUAACCUGCAAGUUCCAGGUGUAUAACUCAUGUAUAAAUAUUGAGCUGAACACGGUAUCGUUCUAUUCUUAAUAUUCCGCACAUUUUGAACAAUUUCUACAAAAUCACAAUUAUUUGUUCGGCUAUCUUAUCUAAAAUUAUAAACCCGAUUUACAUAACUCUUAUUUAAAAAAUUCAAACACAGCCGUAAAAUUUUUAUUUACGUUAACAAUUAGCAACUCUUCCUUUCCUUUCACUUCACUUUCUUUUAUAAAUCAUUCAGUUAUAGAAAAAAAGUUUAUCGGCUUAUUAUUAACGAAUUCCGAACGCGAUUUAUAAAAACAAUGAGUUUUCAUUCAGUUAACAAUUAAGCAAAAACGAAUUCGCUCGAAAUCGUUUAUAACAAUAAACUCGUUCGGUGAACUUGCUGCUGGCUCGACAAUAACAAACGGUUUCUCCCCGUAAAGAGACCGAACGACGCCACACGUAGUGAAAGUACGAUGAUAAGCGCGCGGAGAAAGGCCAAGGGAAAAUUUCUUCAACAGUCGUCGUCAAAAAUCGGAAUAAUUCAAUAGCGGUUUAUUCUCGAAGAAGAAAACCUUUAAGUAAUCUGCACGAACAAGUACAGUUAUAAUUUGAUACAAGAAAUGAGUAAGAUGUUAAUUACUAUAUUAGAUAAAUUCGUGUAUAUUUUGGUUUGUACCGCGAUUACAACUCAAGCGUUACAAAUGGUUGGGCUUAUUGAAGGACCAAAAGCUCUCGGUGAAAUUAAUUAUGAAAUAAAUAAUGGCAAUUAUGAAUUUGGAUUAAGAAUGGGCGAUGAAGAAAAUCGAGGAAAACGACAUACAGAGUCAAAUACGGCGAUUAUGAAUAACAUUUUGAAUCUUCCAAUGGAUACCCUUCAAGCUUUCGAGAAUUUCUUAAAAAACGCUAAACCAGCUUUGGAUAAAUUGCACGAAAUUGCUGAGAAACGAAUGAAACAAGCUACCAAAGUGCAAAUUAACGACCAAAUUCAUCAACAACAAAGACUUAUUAGGCGAUAUAAAUGAAGCUUUAGAUAAUGUUUUUAAAUUAGAUUUAAAUUAUUGUUUUUAUUUGUUGUAGCGUUACAUGAUGUACCUUGCCAAAUAUUGUUAUUCGUAUAAGUAAGUUUUUAUAAAAUUACUUGGUAAUAAAAUUUUCUUAUAUUA